AUGUCGGGGGCGGAGGUAAUCGCAGUGGUAGCCUGUGUAGCAGCUGUUGUCUCCGCCUACAAUGACGGGAGCCGAAUUCUCACAGCAAUCCGAAAUAAAUGGCACGAUCGCCGUCGGCAGACAGACCACUCCACUAGGGAUUUGGAGUGGUCGCUCGCUCGCGGCCACCACGAGAUUCUCUCGCAAUACAAAGAAUACCACCAGGAGAUUGGUCGACGGUACGAGGAGGGAGACUCGCUCGCGCGUGAACAGAUGAAAGAUAUCAUCAUCACACUGCAAGGAGCCCUGCUGAGACAUCUCCGGGAAGCACAGGAGAAGGGCGUCAAUUUGGACCUCAUGGCCUUGCAAAUAGAGUCAGACCAAGGUCGUGUGAGAACGCUGGUAGUGCUGGGGGAUCUCUUUCAGCGGCUGGCACGUUCUUCCGCGAUGCUUCCCUCCAUUUCAAUGUCUAUUGAUCCGACCUACCAGAAAGGUGAGCCAUACGGUCGCGGAUAUCGUAGUCCACCAGAUGGUUUGCUAGACACGAGGUAUCCUUCGAGUGGGCUUUAUGGUUCAUCGGGCGGGGUGAUCGGGAGCAUCUGCACGUCGCCCAUCGAGUCUCUUGCGUCGACAAGGGAUUUCGAGAUGUCGAGUCCAGUAUCCAGCUCACCUCGCAGGAGAUCAUCGGGCAUUGGAUCGGUCGUCAGCAGUGUGAGCGAUAUGUUCCAUUCCCGCCCGGGUCGUGGAAGCACAUCAUCUGUACCUUCGUCCAUACCAGAGUCCGGUUUUAUAUCCGGCCCAAUGCAAACAGCAUCACCGACAGAUCCCAUCCCAGAGUUUGGUCUUCGCCCAGCAACGCCGCCACACAAAAGAUCAACCUGGGCCCCGGACCUCAUACCUCACGAUGAGAUAUGGGGUAACCCGUGGCAGCAUGAGCUGAACACAGACUCUGACGAUGAUCUUAGCAAGCAUUUCCAACAAACUCACCUCUCACCCGUGUCGGCCCCGAUCGUGCGCCGGCAUUCCCUUCCUCCACCUUCCAUCGCAUCAACCGAUUCCACGCCAUCAAACCCGUCAACAUAUAGCGACACAACGCGAGCAGCCCGCCUGCUCUGGCCACCCUCCAAGGCAAAUAACUACCUCGGAUUCUGCAAAGGUGCCUGGAAAGUCCACAGUGGAUUUGCAGGCUUCAAGAUCCACUCUGAGCCUGGUUCAGGCUAUUACACACAGCGGUCGUGGUUGCGUUGUAAAGAAUGUGCCUUCGAAGCACCCAUGACCAAGUCCUCCAGUAGCAACCCUCACUUCGACGAGACAAUCCGAACGCACCAAGCGACCGGUGUGCGCUAUCGAUCCGAAUUCUUGGCCAAAUCGCACGUUCCCUGUAAACGCGACUCGACCUCUGUGUUUUCCCCACUGAUCCCGCGCGGUGCUUUCUGCUGUGUCUUUUGCUGUGCUCAUCAGGGUUCUACCCAGGUUUAUGGAAAUCUUGAUACUUUCUUGACGCAUCUCGCGGACAGCCAUUGUGCCGUGGACCGAGAGACCCUGGCGAUCUUGCCGAGUACACGAUGUGUAGUUGGACGGAUGGCCGGGGAUUCGGAGUAUUUUGAUGUCAAUAUACCGCCACGAUGA